CUAAACCAUAGUAAAAUUCUCUCUCUGGCCCCCAUUCUCUAACCUUACCCUCUGCUUCAUAUACACUGAUCUCAAGCCUGCGAAACCCUAAUAAUCAACAAAAAUCCAUGAUUACCCAACGACCCUUCUCUCGGUUCUCUGCUCGGGCCGAGUUGUUCAACUACGCUUCUCGGAUUUUCGGCUCCAGAUCUGGACCACCUUUCAAUCCGCUCCUCCGUGCUUCCAAAAUCUCUGAGCAGUCUCAAAACUUCGAUUUUCUUUCAGGUUCUUUUGGGAGCUUGAGAGGCAAAGCUCUUCCGAGUGACUAUGUAGUUCCCCAUUUCUUGGGAAAUUUGGGAAUGAUGUUGGGCUUUAUCAAAGUGAAGGGAAAUGUUCUCCCACCUCGUGCUGUUGCUUUUAGUAGUUAUAUACAUUCUGGAAGCCCCAAGGAGUUUGAAACUGGGAGGAAUACUAGGUCCAUGGAUUUCGUGAGGGGAAUUAUUGAGGAAAAUGGAAAGGAUUUCAUGGGAGGUCCUCAAUAUGGUCAGCAUCUGGUUGAGCAAAAUGCUGAUAUCGUCCAUGUUAAGAUGAUUCGCAACAAUACCUUUGUUACUGUAACGGAUUCUAAGGGGAACAAAAAAUUUGGGGCUUCGUCGGGAUGCUUGUCAGAAAUGAAAGGUGGGCCUAAAGUUUCUCGAUAUGCUGCUGAAGCAACUGCAGAACAUGUUGGACGUCUUGCAAGAAAUACGGGAUUAAAGUCAGUUGUAAUGAAAGUGAAUGGGUUCACCUAUUUUAAGAAGAAGAAGCAAGCAAUUUUGAGCUUCAGAGAGGGGUACACACAUUCUCGAGGAGAUCAAAAUCCCAUCGUUUAUAUUGAAGACACAACGCGACGUCCGCAUAAUGGCUGUCGACUCCGAAAGAAACGCCGAGUAUGAACACUAGCAUUCCAGAUGACAUGCAUGACUUAUCUUGAAAUGGGGAUGAGGCAUGGACGACAAUUCUUAUUGGGGGAUUUGAACUUUUGUGCACAAAUAAAUUGAUGCAUGGUACCUAUCUUGAAUCUUGGUUGGAAUGUGAAGUACAGCUAGCGGCAGACGGACAGUGAAAGUAGACUCUUUACCAUGAUCUUUUUUAUGCUCAUUGUUAUGUUUGUUUUGAGGGUGUUCAUGAAUUGAUAAUUUCCUCUUACUGUUUGUUCUAUGGUUUUUUUUUUUUGCUAAUCUUUUCUACACUGGUAGAACUAUGACUUUCACAUCCCUUUGUGAAAUUAUAAAAUUUUGUGACCUUGUUUCUACUCUCUCCUUA